AUGCUACUCAUGGCAGUAAUAUUAACUGCCCUUUUAACAAGGGCAGAUGAGCCUGUUUGCAGUUUGCGAGGCAGACCAGAAUUGCCUCAGUUUUCAAAGGAUGGAGACAUUACAAUUGGAGGAAUCUUUCAAUUACACGACAACCUUAUAGAUGCCAAACCUGCCUUUAAAAAAGAGCCUGAACCACGAAAAUGCAAAGAAGUAAAAUUCAGAGAAUUCCAAUUUGCUCAAACUCUGAUCUUUGCCACCGAAGAAAUAAACAACAGGACAGAUAUACUCCCUGGUAUUUCACUUGGUUAUAAGAUAUACGAUGAUUGUGGUUCCAUACCUUUGGCUAUAAGGGCAGGGAUGGUUUUAGUGAAUGAACAGGAAGAAAAUAUGUACUCUAACCAGUCCUGUACCAAACCAUCUACUGCCCAUGCUAUAAUAGGACCAGCUAGUUCUGCAGCAACUAUAGGAAUUGCAACAACAAUAAGAGCUUUUAACAUACCAGUGAUUAGUCACUUUGCUACCUGUGAAUGUCUGAGUAACAGGAAUAAGUACCCUUCGUUUUUCAGAACCAUACCAAGUGAUUAUUAUCAAAGCAGAGCCCUGGCACAGCUUGUGAAGCAUUUUGGAUGGACAUGGAUUGGGGCAAUCAGAAAUGAUGAUUACUAUGGCAACACAGGAAUGGCUACCUUUGUUAAAGCAGCCCAAGAGGAGGGGGUUUGCAUUGAAUAUGUAGAGACUAUUUACAGAACGUAUCCAAGAGAAAAACUAAUUAAAACUGUAGAUGUUAUAAAAAAGUCAUCUUCAAAGGUUAUUGUAGCUUUCAGUUCUUAUACAGAUUUUGAAAUUCUGGUUAAAGAACUGUUGCUUCAGAAUGUUACUGGUUUUCAGUGGCUAGGCAGUGAAGCUUGGAUUUCUGAUCUUGCAGCAGGAGAAAGUUUCAGAGUUCUGGGUGGGGUACUGGGUUUCACAGUCCCUAAUGCAGUAAUUACAGGUUUGGAGGAGUUUUUACUGAAUGUCCGUCCAUCUGACACCCCUGGGAAUUCAGGCUUAAAAGAUUUUUGGGAAACUGUUUUUAGUUGCACCCUGACUACCGAAGACAAGACUGCAUCGGUUAAUCCAUGUACAGGGUCUGAGAAUUUAGCAGAGUUAAAGAAUCAGUACACCGAUGUAACUGAUCUAAGAAAUGCCAAUGAUGUCUAUAAAGCUGUGUAUGCUGUAGCCCAUUCACUACACAAUCUGUUUACAUGCGAAAGUGGCCAGGGACCUUUUGCUGGUAAGACAUGUGCAAAUAAGAAGAAGAUUGAACCAUGGCAGGUAGUGCAUUAUCUGAAAACAGUUAAUUUUACUACCAAGAACGGAGAGAAUGUUUAUUUUGAUGAGAAUGGGGAUCCAACUGCAAGAUAUGCAUUAAUUAACUGGCAACUCAAUAAGGAGAGCAUCAUAAAAUGUGUUACAGUUGGUCUCUAUGAUGCAUCUUUACCAGAAGGACAACAGUUUAUUAUGAAUAACGUCAGUAUUGUUUGGGCAGGUGGUCAGGAUAAGGUGCCUAAAUCAGUGUGCAGUGAGAGCUGUCCUCCAGGCACUCGGAAGGCUGUUCAGAAAGGAAAGCCUGUUUGUUGCUUUGACUGCAUAGCAUGUGCUGAAGGAGAAAUCAGCAAUCAGACAGAUUCUAUUGCUUGUAUGACAUGCCCUUUGGAAUACAGGUCGAAUAACCAAAAGAACCAAUGCAUCUUAAAAGCCAUUGAAUUCCUAUCAUUUGGUGAAAUCAUGGGGAUGUUGCUGAUGAUCCUUUCAUUGAUUGGGGCUUGUUUAACCACUGCUAUAGCUACUGUUUUCUUUCAUUUCAGAGAUACCCCCAUUAUAAGAGCUAAUAACUCUGAACUAAGUUUCCUUCUUUUGUUUUCAUUAGCUCUGUGUUUCCUUUGUUCACUUACUUUCAUUGGCCAGCCCUCUGAGUGGUCCUGUAUGUUGCGCCACACUGCCUUUGGGAUCACAUUUGUUCUGUGCAUCUCUUGUGUUCUGGGGAAAACAAUAGUCGUGUUAAUGGCAUUUAGAGCUACACUUCCUGGUAAUAAUAUGAUGAAAUGGUUUGGGCCAGUCCAGCAGCGGCUAACUCUAUUUGCAUUCACAUUCAUUCAGGCCUUAAUUUGCACUCUUUGGUUAAUAAUAUCCCCUCCUUUUCCAAACAAAAACAUGAACUCUUUCAAAGACAGAAUCAUUUUAGAGUGUGACCUGGGAUCUGCUGCAGCAUUUUAUGCUGUGUUAGGGUAUAUUGGGUUUCUUGCUGCCAUGUGCUUUGUGCUCGCUUUUCUGGCUCGUAACCUACCAGAUAACUUUAAUGAAGCGAAAUACAUUACAUUUAGCAUGCUCAUAUUCUGUGCAGUUUGGAUCACUUUCAUCCCAGCUUACAUCAGUUCACCUGGGAAGUACACAGUUGCUGUAGAAAUAUUUGCAAUUUUAGCUUCCAGCUUUGGUUUGCUCUUCUGUAUUUUUGCUCCUAAAUGUUAUAUUAUAUUAUUUAAGCCUGAGAAGAAUACAAAAAAACAUUUGAUGGGAAAAGGGCCCUCAAAGUCACUUUGAAGAAAAAUAAUAACAAUUUUUUAAAUAUGAAAACAUGGUAUAAAAACACAUUCAAUCAAGCACUGCAGCCCCCGCAUUAGGUAACACAGGUCCUUUUUUAAAGACAGCUUCAAAGUUGCUCUUAUACAGCGUGCUUGAAGAUUCACUUUAAAAAAAACAAUAAGAUAAUAUAUAAAUUAAAUAUAAAAUGGGAAUUAUAUCAUACCAAGUUAGUCAUGUAUACAUUUUUUCUAGGUACAGUAUUAGAUUUCAUAACAGCCUGCAAGCCAGCACACUGUAUUAUCCAGCAGAAUUUUCUGUUCCCAGGUUAGACAGGUUUUACUGUACACUAUUGGAUGAUAGAAAUUCCAUAUUAUGUUUUUACAAAUGCUCUCUUGUUAAGUGAAUGGUUUGAGGGCUUCAUAUUUAGCUGAGAUAUUAAUUGUUAGUGUUUACAGCUCUCUUUAAAUGUUUAUUUCAAUAUUGGAAUGUUUCAGGCCACUGAAUGGAGUGCAGACAAAAAAAUGUCACAGGAAAAUAAACAUUCAACUUUUUCUGUUGCCCUUAAAUGUAUUUAAUAUAUAAUGUAUAUUAUAUUAUUUGUGUGUUUAAGGUCAUUGCCCUGUUGUGGAGACAUAUGUUCAGAAGUCAAUUCCAUAUAAAAGAAAAGGAUAUAUGAAUGUUUGCUUAUUUAGCUAAUGCCAGGGAACCAACCAUUUUCACCACAUCAUAAGAGCGUGUCUGUAGAGACUGUAGCUGAUGUGACUUUUACAGAGGUUACGCGUUCUCUGUCAUACUAACAGAGCCUUGAUUACAGCAGCACUGUUGAUAUCUAGCACACUGGUUGGAUACCCUUCUUCUGCUAUGAAUGCAACAUUUAAACAGCUCUGAUAAUACAUUGUAUCUUUUAGAUCCAUUAGACACUAGAAUAGCUGAUUGCCCAUGGGGAUUUAUCAGUGUUAAACUGAUUAUCAAAGAGAAAACAGGAGUUGGAUUAUAACAUCUACAUUUAGCUGCUCUAAUGUAAACUUCAUACUCAUUAAAAUGUGUAACUGAUUUAAUUGUAGUCUGUGUUUACUGUUUAUCCUAGGCACAAUUAAAAAGCUUUAAUAGAACUUCUCAAUAAUGUACUGGAGGUCUCAAUACUGUACAGCUAUGGCCAAAAGUUUAACAUCACCUAGAAUUUUAAGACUGAGUUUAAAAAGAUAAUUUUUUGAACAAUUUAGAUCUUUUCUUUACAUCAUGUAAUAAAAGAAACUGCAAAAUUGCAAAAAUCUACCGAAAACCAUAAUAGUAGUAUAGUACUACUACUGUGACACACUGACAUUUUUUGUCAGUUUUCCGUUAAGUACAUGGAAAACUACUAUGUAAUAAAAUAUGUUAACUUAACAGUAUUCAGCAGGUAUAAUUCGACUUUAUGAAGCAAACUUAGUUCAUUCUAUGGGGGAUGGAAAACUUCUGGCCAUAGCUGUAUAUUGACACACACUAUAGCAUUUAUUGAGGGUCUGCAUUUAUGGUUGUAGUAGGUCAAAUAGUACAUUUCAAACAAGACAGUAGUUAGGCUACUAAACACAAUAGUGUAUGCACCUGUGAAAUACAGGACAAAAUAUAUUACAAAAUAAUGUACUAUAAAAAUACAUAUUAAUAAUUAAGAUAAUCAGGAAUAAUAGAUUAAACUUGAAAGUCUGUUUAAAACUGCAUAUGGAAUGCACCAUAUCUUUCUAAUUAUCCUCUAUAAAUAGAAUGACCACAGUUUCAAGUAAAAAAUAAUAAUACAAAAAGAUUCUCAAAAUUAUAAAAGGGUAAUUAAUAUGUACACAUGAGGGAUACGUCCUCUUACAUAACACAUUAAAAUGAAUCCCACUGUAUAUUUGGUUCAGUCAACUGUGCUAUUCUGUGCUACCAUAUUUUUUUUUUUUUAUCACAAGCUAGCUUUUUCUAAAAGUAUACUGUCAAUAUUAUCUUACUUUUGUAUUGCAAUCCUAGUGCUCUUUUACACUCAGCUUAAAAAAUACUUGCAGCACAAAUGAAGUUUGUGUUUACUGAAUUUUUAAUCACCUACUAUAAAUGCAUUUCAAUGCAGUUCACUACAUUGUUUAUAAUACUUGUAACAAUACUGAAAUAUUAUCAAUUCCGUGUGGUUAUAUUUCCCUAUUAUCUACUAAUGAAUUAUUAUCAAUAAUUACCUUUAAUAAAUUGGCCACUGCAUUACAAAUAAACACUUAUUUAUCCCAUGAACAAUAAGACUUCUCAUUUGUUGACAGGGUUUAUGGUAAGGCUAAAAAGCAUGGAAAAUUGCCCUUUUUUAAUCAUAUUUAACUAAAAGUCUCUGGUAUCGUAUUUGUAUACAUUAACUGAAACAUAAAUAUUUACAAAUUGGUGAAAUUACACCUUGGUUCGUCCAUCAGAUAACUGCUUUACACACAACCCUUUAAAGCUGUGAAAACACAAUACAAGGAAGGCAUAAAGCAGUGGAAUGUCAAGAGCAGGGGACCCUCAAUAUUCCAGUUCAGGUCAUUAUAACAACCAGGUCCUAAAUUAGUAAUUGAAAGGGCUGAAGGGCCAGAGUCUAAAGUGUGACAUACAUACAGCACAGACAGACUGACAGACUGGUAACCACCUCCGUUAUAUACCUCCGCUAGGUAUAUACUAAUGCCAGGGAAAGUAAAAAAUAAUAAAGCAAAAAGUUGUCAAGUUGUUUAUUUAUUGAAAUUUUUUUGUACUAUUAUUUCUUUCCAUAUAUUGGUGUGUACUGUUAAAAUGUUUUCCUUAUUUGCAUUUUAUUCAUGCAAUUUAUUUACUUAUUUUGUCUUUGUUAUUGUGAUUGUUUAUUAUGAGGCCACACAUCCUGUUUUUUUUUUUUUCAACUCUUUCAGCUUUUUUUUCUUACAUCAGAAUUGUUGUAAUUCAAAAUGGGUUAUUUUUGUUAAAGUUCUGAUGCCACCUUUGAAUGUAAACAUCAAUCUUUCUCUUUCCUAC